GAAACUCCUUUAGAAUAUGAAAAUUUGAUGAAACAAUGUUGGGAUGCUGACCCAUUAAAAAGACCUGAUAUUGAUACACUUUUGAUAAAAAUAAGGGAAAUUAAAAAAUCUCUUUAUCACAUUAUACCAGAUGAACUAAUGAUUGGUGAUACCAAAGAUCCUGAGUACCUAAGUUUGGCUCAAUUAUUUAAGUUGAUAUCUCAACAAGUGGAUGAAAGAGUUUAUGAAAACAAUUCAUCAAGUAAAUUAUAUGAUUUUGAAGGCUUACCAGAACCCAAAAAUGCGACUGAAGGUAUUAUUUUAUUCGAUUGACGAUUUUAUCGUUCCUCACA